CGAGGAUCUGGCGGGCCGCCCCCGCGUGCCCCUCCCGUGGGCCACGCCCCGCACACGCUACAUGGGCCCGGACUCGGACCGGGGCGGGCGCGGCGCCGCAGCCCGGGCCAUGGGCAGCUUCCAGCUGGAAGACUUCGCGGCUGGCUGGAUAGGAGGCGCAGCCAGUGUCAUUGUCGGCCACCCUCUGGACACGGUCAAGACUCGCCUGCAGGCCGGCGUGGGCUACGGGAACACCCUCAGCUGCAUCCGCACGGUGUACAGGAAGGAGAGCGUGUUCGGCUUCUUCAAGGGCAUGUCCUUCCCCCUGGCCAGCAUCGCCGUCUACAAUUCGGUGGUGUUUGGGGUCUUCAGUAACACGCAGAGGUUCCUCAGCCAGCACCAGAGCAGGGAGCUGGAGGCCGGCCCACCCCACACCCUGUCAAGCCUGCUCCUGGCCAGCGUGGUGGCCGGUGUGGUGUCCGUCGGACUGGGCACGCCCGUGGACCUCAUCAAGAUCCGCCUGCAGAUGCAAACACAGCCGUUUCGGGAAACCAACCUCAGUUUGAAGCCCAGGGCUGUGGCUCUUGGGGACCGGCCAGUCUACCAGGGGCCUGUGCAUUGCAUCGCCACCAUCGUGCGGACGGAGGGCCUGGCAGGGCUGUACCGGGGCGCCAGCGCCAUGCUGCUGAGGGACAUCCCAGGCUAUUGCCUCUACUUUAUCCCCUACGUGUUCAUGAGUGACUGGAUCACCCCUGAGGCCUGUUCGGACCCCAGCCCCUAUACCGUGUGGCUGGCAGGUGGCACAGCAGGAGCAAUUUCUUGGGGGACAGCGACUCCUAUGGAUGUUGUGAAAAGUCGACUCCAAGCUGACGGGGUUUAUUUAAACAAAUACAAAGGUGUCCUGGACUGUAUCUCCCAGAGUUACCAGCAGGAUGGUCUUAAACUGCAUCAGGUCGGCGAUGUGCUUCCCCCACAGCUGGGAAAUCUGAGCACCCAGAGCCCAGCCAAGUAGCACAGCUCCUACAUGGCAAAGCUGCACCUUGCCUCUGUGUCCGCCACCUCCAGUGCAGCCCCAGUUCUCCCUGACGCGGCCCCUCGGGGGACAUAUCUCGAAGCACCCAUCGCAGCGUCAGCGGUGGCUGGGUGCUCUGUCUGCCAUUGCCCAGUGGGGCGCUCUCACACCCAGACUCCUGAGAACUGUGUGCGUAUAUGUGCGUGCUCGUGUAUCUGCACACGAGAGAGAGGUGACUGAGCAAGUGUGUGUGGGCAUUCACAGGAUUCACGGUGCCCCCAUGGCAUUUGGUGCUUGUGGACCAGGGUCUGGAAGGAAGGUGCCAUCAGAUGUCACCCGGGUCGGGGCAGGGGCAUGGCGGGGGCGUCCCAGGUGGUCCUCGCCUGCACAGGUCCUUCGGGCCCUGUGGGCUCCGGCCCGAGAUGGGGGCCUGCAUGGCAUCACCAUCAGCCCCCUCUCUGUGCUUCAGCGGUGGCCCUGCAGAGGGUGCGGGCCAGUCCUUUGAGGUAA